AUUGCCACACGCAGCUCAGCCUGGGCUACACAGCCAGGUGUCAGGUGCGUCUCUGCUGAUCUGAGUCUGCCUGCAGCAUGGACCUGCAUCUUCCCUGAAGCAUCUCCAGGGCUGAAGAAUCACUGACCAUGGCACCAUGGUCUCAUCCAUCUGCACAGCUGCAGCCAGUGGGAGGAGAUGCCGUGAGCCCUGCCCUCAUGGCGCUGCUCUGCCUCGGGCUGAGUCUGGGCCCCAGGACCCACGUGCAGGCAGGGAACCUCUCCAAACCCAUCCUCUGGGCUGAGCCAGGCUCUGUGAUCAGCCGGGGGAACUCUGUGACCAUCUGGUGUCAGGGGACCCUGGAGGCCCAGGAAUACCAUCUGGAUAAAGAGGGAAGCCCAGAACCCCGGGACACACAGAACCCACUGGAGCCCAAGAACAAGGCCAGAUUCUCCAUCCCAUCCAUGACAGAGCACCAUGCAGGGAGAUACCGCUGUUACUAUGUCAGCCCUGCAGGCUGGUCAGAGCCCAGCGACCCCCUGGAGCUGGUGGUGACAGGAUUCUACAACAAACCCACCCUCUCAGCCGUGCCCAGCCCUGUGGUGACCUCAGGAGAGAAUGUGACCCUCCAGUGUGGCUCACGGCUGAGAUUCGACAGGUUCAUUCUGACUGAGGAAGGAGACCACAAGCUCUCCUGGACCCUGGACUCACAGCUGACCCCCAGUGGGCAGUUCCAGGCCCUGUUCCCUGUGGGCCCCGUCACCCCCAGCCACAGGUGGAUGCUCAGAUGCUAUGGCUCUCGCAGGCAUAUCCUGCAGGUGUGGUCAGAACCCAGUGACCUCCUGGAGAUUCUGGUGUCAGGAGCAGCUGAUAACCUCAGCCCGUCACAAAACAAGUCUGACUCUGGGACUGCCUCACACCCCCGGGAUUACACAGUAGAGAAUCUCAUCCGCAUGGGCGUGGCCGGCUUGAUCCUGGUGGUCCUUGGGAUUCUGAUAUUUCAGGAUUGGUACAGCCAGAGAAGCCCCCAAGCUGCAGCUGGGAGGUGAACAGAAGAAAGGACAAUGCACCAUUGAAUGCUGGAGCCUUGGAAGUGAAUCUGAUGGUCCUAGGAGGUUCGGGAAGACCAUCUGAGGCCUAUGCCAUCUGGACUGUCUGCCGGCAAUUUCUUUCUUUCUUUUUUUUGAGACGGAGUCUUGCUCUGUCGCCAGGCUGGAAUGCAGUGGCGCAAUCUGGGCUCAGUGCAACCUCCACCUCUCGGGUUCAAGUGAUUCUCCUGCCUCAGCCUCUGGCAAUUUCUAGAGGGAGGAAUGGGUGUUUGAGUGCGGGGACACUGGUCUGGGGUGAUCCAUGGAGGACCA